CAGGGGCGCAGGGGGCACCCAGGGCACACCGAGCACACCAGGCCACCCGUCCGGUCCCGCCGCUCCCGUCCGGGCACGGCCGCGCUGACCCUGACCCCGAACCCCGCUCCCACCGCUCCCGCCGGCGCCAUAAUUUUGUCCCGCCGCGGCCAUCGUUCCCCCCUCCCUCUGAAGGCCCAAGAUGGCGGCGCCCGGCGGGGCGGGCGCGGCCCCGAUCCCGAUUCCGGCCCCGAUCCUGGUCCCGGCCCCGGCCCCGGCCCCGGCCCCGCCGCCUUUCCCGGCCUGGCUCGCAGCGCGGCUGGACGCGCUGGGGCUGGACCGCGCCGUGUACGGCGCCUACAUCGAGGGGCUGCUGCGGGAGGAGGAGAGCGAUGAGGAGCGGCUGGAGGCGCUGCAGGCCGUCCUAGCUGCCUGCCUGGAAGAAGAUCUCCUGAACGAUGUGUGCAGGGAGGUCGUGGAGAGGUGGUCUGACUCUCAGGUUGUUGAUGCCAAAGAGGAGAAAGAAGAUGAGGUCCAGGCCAUCGCCAGCAUGAUGGAGAAGCAGGCCAGGAUCGUGGUGAAGCCCAAGGAGGUGUCCCAGGAGGAGAAGCAGAGGAAGGCUGCGCUCCUGGCCCAGUAUGCCAACGUGACCGACGAGGAGGAUGGUGGGGAUGAACAGGAUGGAUCGACAACAGCAGUAAAUAUUGCAUCAGAAAAAUCGCUGUUCCGAAACACCAAUGUGGAGGAUGUCCUGAACGCCAGGAAGCUGGAGAGGGAGCUGCUGCGGGAUGAGUUCCAGAAGAAGAAAGAGCAGGAUAAACUGCAGCGGGAGAAGGACAAGCUGGCCAAGCAGGAGCGGAAGGAGAAGGAGAAGAAACGAACACAGAAGGGCGAGCGGAAGCGGUAGCUGGUGAUUUCCAGUUGGACUCUCAAAGGAUAAAAAUUAAUUCUGAAUAUGGUGUGUGUUUAAAAAGCAAGAAUUCUGGGCACGUGGCUGGGAGUGGUUCUUGGGAAGUGUUGCCUUUCUUUCUCUUUUUUUUUUGUUUUGUUAUAUAGCAGAACAGAAUCUCUGAGCAGCUCCCGGCCUCAGUGUGUCCUGUGCUUGUGGUGUCAGUGUCCCAGUUGGUGCUCGUGGCCAGUGUCUGUACCAAAGAAGGGUGAUUAUGUCUGUGUUGUUAAAUUGAUCCAUUUUUACUUCUGCCCACCUGGGAGCAGAGCAUGGUGUAGGAGCAUUCCCUGCACUGGCCGUGGUUUGAGCUGAGCCCAUCCUGCCCUGAGCCAGGACACACUGCCCCAGGGCACACAUGGAUUCAUUUACACAAGCCUUGAAAACGUCUUUGCAAAUCCCUGUGUUUGCACUGCCAAGGACAACGCUCCGGCCCUGCUUGGGCUGGGCCGCAGCAGAGGAGUGAGAUGUGUGAAAUAGUGGAGUGAGAUGUGUGAAACAGAGAUGAGCUGCAGCGGUGUGACCGCAUCCCCCGUGGCUGUGGGUGAGGGAAACACCGCCUGGGCCGGAGCAUUGGCCUCAGCAGCAGCAGCAAACCACACUCCUCAUGCAGUUCUAAGACUCCAGAUAGCUGUAAAAUGGUGCUCCCCGAUGUUCUGUGGGGUGAACAUGGACUGUUAUUUACAUGGCUGUUGCCAGGGUGAAGCUCUGAAGCUUGUUUGGCACAAGCAGGGUGAGCCAGGGAUGCCUGUUGCUCUCCUUGGGCACAGCUGCCAUCAGGAACUGCAGUGCUCCUCCUGCCCUAAAGGGCUCGUCCUGCUGCUCCAGCCUUUUUUGUGAUGGUGUUGCCCACCUGGGGAAGGAGAACACUAAUCCUGUGAACUGAGGGGGAAGGAGGGGCUGCGAAAGGAACGGGUGUGCCUGGGCUCUGCGCUGCAUCUGCUCCAGGUGCCCGUUUGCUGUGAGGUGACCUGUGCUGAACUCCUGUGCUCCAGCACUCCCAGGGUGCCCAACCCAACGCCUGCUUUCAGCACUGCUCUGGCUCCAGGGCCAGGUCUCCCCCUCAAGCUGCUGCUGCGUGUGUGAGUCUCCAACUGCUUUGUCUUUGGACUUGAAUAAUAAAUCUUGUUUGGCCAAGAA